AUGUCAUAUAAUUUUCAUUCAGAUUUAUUAAAAGACUUUUAUCAGCUACUUAAGACCGAAAUUGAUUAUAAUGUGGUAAUUCAAGUUGGGAAAACCAACUCUGAUGAAAAACACGUUGACGUCAAAGAAUUUCAUCAACCACCUAUAGUCGAAACGACCGUAAUUCAAGACGAGCAAACAGACUCUAAUAAAAAAGAAAUUGAACUCGAAGAAGGUCGUGAGCAAGAUGAAACCAGGCGAAUUGAGGAUAAACUUGAGACUAUUGAAGAAGAAACCACGCUCACACUAGAUGAUGAAGACAUGGAAUCCACAACUUCAGUUGAACCCGAAGGGGAUGUCGUAAUUCAUGAUGAAACGGAUUCUGAUUCUAAAAAAGAUGUUGAUAUUAAUGACACAACGAUUGACGAAACCAAAGUUGAAACCAAGAUUGAAACCAAAGUUGAAACCAAAGUUGAGACCAAAGUUGAGACCAACGCUAAUAAUGAUGACAUCGGCAGAGUGGUGAAUUCAGAUUGUGCUGUGCAAUGUCUCAGUAAUUAUGGACCAAUCUUUGGUUCCUACGUAACAAAUUUGUCUGUAUUCAAAAAAGCAGAUAAAGUUUCCCCAGAAGAUCAAAAUCCGGAAGUUGGUGGUAAUGGUAUAAUGAUGAGGCCAAAUGGUAAAUGGAGGUCUUUUCCAUCUUCCUACCCUAAAUUGAAUAUCCCGAAAGAAUUUGAAAUUGAAGAUUACGAAGUAUUUCAAAUU